CCUAUCUGCAAGCUUAGUGUCAAACUUCAAACCGUAAAUUUAUAUUUUGCAAUUUCUGCAAAUAUCAAUAAAAUGAGUAGAAGACCGCACCAUUAUUAUUUGAUGCAGCCUUGGCGAAAUAAAAAAUACACUAAAAAGCGAAAAACAUGUCGAAAAUGUUCAAAUGAAGCGGCUGCAAAAUCAUUGAUACCGGAAAGUAGACAAGAGUUAUCAGUCGUGAAUCAAGAGAAUUCAGGUUAUUUUCAAAUGACGAUUGAUGAGACAGAAAAUAUGGAUAACCUUAGAUACGAUUCCGUGGAUCAACAUAAAUCGGUUGCAAAUAGUUUUGAUAGUUACGUAGGAACUGGAACAGAAAUGAAAACCAAUACCAGUAACGCUUAUUCGGAUCAGAAUAAGUCCACUGUAAAUCUGAAUCAUGCUGAUGGUUCCGUAGGACCUGAAAUAAUAGUUGACGGUGACAGAGAACAAUUUAUUGAUGAAAUUGUCACUGGUAUGCACACUGAAUACGAAUACAUUGAGUUCGCAAAUAAUUUAUGUCUCAGUGAUGUGCUCUUCAUAACGCUAAACUUUUACAUCAAGCAUAAACUCUCUCAAAGUGCUUUAGAAGAUCUAUUAAGUCUGCUAAAUACAUUAACCAGAAAAAAAACAUUUCCUCAAACAUUUGCAAAGCAAUUUCCUAAUAGAUACGGGAUGGAAAGAAACUACUUUUGUGUUAAUUGUCAGUAUGGGUAUAAUGAAAAACCUCAACCUGAUUUAAGAUGUCCUGUAGAAAAUUGUGGCUAUAUUGCAAAAGACUUUUUUAUUACUCUACCAAUCGAACCGCAAAUUAGUGAAUUAUACUUAAAAUAUUCACAAGAGAUUGCGCACUAUGAAGAAUACAUAAAAAAUAACAACAUAGCUGACAUCAACAGAGGAAAGUUAGCAAACAACAUCUUCAUAAUGGAAAAAUAUAAGUUCAUAACGCUCUCAGCAAAUGAAGAUGGGGUAGCGGCUUAUAAAUGUACUAACAAAAAACCGAUGUAUCCAUUGUUUCUAGUUAUCAACAAUUUACCUCCAAAAAUAAGAUUCAACAAAAAUAAUUUGAUACUGGCUAGUGUGUGGUUUAAUACCGGUAAACCGAAUAUGGCUCUUUUUCACAAAAAAAUUAUUUUGGAACUUCAAAAACUGCGGACUGGAAUGUUGAUUGGAACAAAGAAUUAUCAAAUAAUUCUUCUCCAGUGCAGUUUAGAUUCGGUUGCCAGAUGCUAGUUAUUUUGCUCGAAGCAAUUUAAUGGUAAAUACGGUUGCACUAUGUGCUUACAUCCAGGAGAUUUGGUUAAUAAGCGAAUUCGGUAUCCAUAUCAGAAGGCAAAAUAACGACAAGAUGAUGAUACAAGAGAGGUUAUGUUUGAAGUUCACAAAUCUAGAUCACAUAAAACUGUACACGGAAUAAAAGGAUUAAGCGUAUUGACUGGAGUGCCAAACUUUAACAUAGUUGACGGACUACCAGUGGAUUAUAUGCAUAUGGCGCUAUUAGGUGUUACACGGACAAUAUGGGAACUGUUAUUGGAGAACACAGGUUUCGAGAGUAAAGAACAGCCAUAUUACAUUGGCCAUAAGAGAAAGAUGAUUGAAAGUAGGCUUCUGAAUAUUCGGCUUCCCAGCAGCUUUCCUCGGCGGUUGCGUAAAAUAGAGGAGUAUACGAAAUAUAAAGCAUCGGAGUGGGAAGCAAUACUACUGCACUGUAUUUAUCCAUGUUUAUCGGAUUUAUUGCCGUCGGUUUAUUUGAAACAUAUAAUGUUGUUUGCCAGUACCAUGUUUCUAUUAUUGGAGUUCAAUAUCCAGGAACAUAUUCUAUCUCUGUGUGAAAAACAAUUAAUAAAAUUUGUAUACUUUGAAAAACUGUAUGGGAAACCAUACAUGGUAUAUAAUGUCCAUAUUUCAAAACAUUUAGUGAAUGCUGUUCGUAACUUAGGUGCUCUAUGGAAUUUUUCACUUUUUCCUUAUGAGAAUGACAACGGAAUGCUGACGGCUUUUCAUUCGUCAAACAACCACCCAGUCUUACAAGUGGCAACCAAAUUUUUUUUAAACAAACUUGUUCAUCACACACAAUUACCUAUCAACUCUCCAAUUUUUGAAUGGACAGAAAAACUAUGGAGUUUACAAGCUAAAUCAUUAAAGUAUGAUGCUAGAUUAAAAACAACGAUUGAAAACAAUGUUACUGUUGCUGAUCAUAUGCGAGAAACUGACUUCAAUGAUAUUGGAAAAUGUCAAUAUGAAGGGAUUAACAUAUGUGCAAAAGAAAUAUGUAGAAAAUUUGCAUAUGAUGAUUCUUAUGUUUGUUUAAAUGGCAUGUUUUAUCAUGUAGAACGUUUUCUUGUUGAUAAAAAAGAAAAACUUUAUAUUAUAGGGACACAGAUGCUAGUUAAAAAAUUGUUCGCCAAUAUGUUUUUAUACACAUUUUCCAAAAACAUGAUACUAUUAUUAUUGAAUGAAUCAGUGCGACAAUGUGUGAGUGUUACGGUGGAAACUGUUAAUGGUACCUACAAAAAUUAUGUGUCUUUUUGUAAAAUUAGAACACAAAUAGAUUAAAAUGUUAGUAACAUU